AAGACUUAGAUGUCACAUGUCUCUGCUUUUAUUUUGUGCUGUGCGUACAUUUGUGUGUCUUUGUGUGUGCUUUACAAACCUGUGCUGUUGGGCAUUGGAUGGGAAGUUCUGGGAUUUAUGCCAAUGCCCCAGUAGGGGUGUGUGUGUGUGUGUCUGUGUGUGUGUGUGCUCGCGUGCAUGUGUGUAUAUAAAGAGAGAGAGCGAUAGAGAUGAAAACCCAGAAUGAAGUGGAUGUGGACUCACAGAUGUCCAGUAACUGACUACGGAAACUGAUUAACUAGAGCGCACUAUCCACUCCACUGUACAUGUCAGCAUGUUACUCUGCUCUGACCAAACUGCUCGCAGAAACACACACUUGAUCUACAUUUCUUGUACCUGACUGAUUUAUUGGUUUAAACAAAAAGUAACAGACUGAACCAGAUCUUUUGCUGGCAUAGUGGAGUGUGCGGCCUGAGAAAAACACAAAAGAUGUCCUUAAAUGACUGGAUAAUGCUCCAAAUUGAAUCAGAGCAGAAGAAAAUCUCUCAAAUCAAAGAUAAACAAAGCCAGUGGAAGGUCAGCGGUUCAAAAGAGAAGGAAGUGCAAUUAGUUUUGACCUGUUUUUUGUAAACAUCAUCAGCACAGUUUGCUGUUCUCUACUGUAAGGAGGUGAUAGACUGAUAAAGCCAGGAAAGGGUUGUUUUUUUCUACAAAGGCAUUGAUUACAAGAAUAUACGUGAGUCAGAUGGUUUAAAAAAGUGGGGGAGGGGGCGCAGGAGGGGAGUAGAACCAAUAGAGAGAGAGGAAGUGCAGGGGAGAAUAAAUGAAGAUUGCAGAGACAAGACAAUAGACUCAACAAGAGAGUACCUGCCCGUGUGUGUGUGUGUGUGUGAAUCAUGUGAAAACUGCAGACUCAGAGACAAAUAAGGACACGUUAGUAAUAGCUUACUCCUAUCAGCAGGACAUUACUAACUACAGGAUUACAGGAAAAGACGUGGAUAUAUGAUAAAAGAUCUGACUUGAGUUUAAUUCUGUCAUCGCAUUCAUCAUAAGGUGUAAGAAAACGUCAAAGCUUUAGUAAGUAGUGGGUGUGCAUGUAUACAGUCAUCAUACUUUACUAGUUAUUGCUUCACUGAUACUAAAAUCUUAAAUGCUUCUUGGGAUUUUUUGGUUUGUAAGUUUGAAUCUUUUCCGGUGUAACCCCCAACACCCCAACAUGUCACAACACAUGGCUUCCUCUUCCUGAGCCAAGUUCUGCUGAAGGUUCUUUCCUGUGAAAAGGAAGUUUUUCCUUCCUGCUGUUGCCGAGUCCUUACUCAUAAUUAGUUGUCUUUCAUUCAGCUGAAAGACACUAAAACUGCACUAAUGUGUCAUCUUCAGGUUCAGAGGGAGUUUUUUUCUCCUCACUGUCACCAAGUUCUUGCUCAAAGUGGAUCGUUGGAGAUUCGGUUACUGUUUAUAACCCUAUAAUAUAGAGUGGCUUGAGAUGACUAUUGUUUCAAUCUGGUGCUAUAUAAUUCAAAUUAAAUCAAAUUAAGCUGAGGCUUUGAGGGAAAGACGAAAACAACCCCUGUCAAUCAAUAUUUACUUAAUUUACUUCAGGUACUACAGUAGCAUCACUGGAUAUGCUGCACUGUCAAAACUGUUGUGGUAGUGCUUGCAAGGAGAAAGUCUGCAGAAGAGAAGCAGUGAGAAAAGUGCUGGACAGAAAGAGAUAAUGGAGGGUGAGCGCGGAGCAUGAGGUCAGGAAAAAAAAGUUGGACCAUGCCCUCUCACACACAUACAUCAGUAAUUACCGGGAGAUUGCUUUGAGCAGGUAAAUGUCAGCAAGCAUGAAAAGCUUUUAGAUGUUUAGGUGGCAGGACUUUUUAUUUCUGCGAUGCGCACCGAAGUCAUUAAAGUUUUUACUAUGAAAGAUGUAUAAUUGGAGGCCAUUUUAAUCAAGAGUACAAAAGAAUUCAAUAAAAUCAAACAGAAUAGAAUAGAGCCAUUCGAGCCACCCCCAUGCCAGAUUGUGAAUGAAGCUUAUUAGUAUGAAUGGGGUUAAUUUGGGGCCAAUGAAAUAGCUAAUCCCAGGCUGAUCCCUUUGUUACCAGCCUGAGCUCCACUUCUGUCUUUCUCUUGUUCUCUCGCUCUCUUUUUUGGCUCUCUGUCCAACUCACAUGGAGCCGUACCAGCAUGGAGGGCUGGGGAGGGCUGGUUUGAGUGACACGAUCUGUGCAUCAGAGAGGAUCAGGUCUCUGGGGAGGGCGACUGCAGGAACUACAUCCGACUGUUGGAGUUCCUGGGAGAUGGUCGCAUCUAUGUGUGCGGCACCUAUGCUUUCGACCCUCAGUGUGCCUUCUUGAAUGCCACUACAUUUACUCUGGAAGAAGUUGAUGGAGUGGUGAGGAUGGAGUCAGGGAAGGGAAAGUGUCCUUUUGAGCCUAGUCAGCAUUACACAGCUAUUAUGGCAGAUGGUCUCCUUUACACAGCAGCUACCAGCAACUUCCUGGGAACACUCUUCGACAUCUCCCGGGCAACGGGCCCUGAGCAGGAGCGCAUCCGAACUGAACGAUCCAUCAACUGGCUCAGCGACCCAGAAUUUGUCAGCUCAGCUUUCAUAGAGCAGUCCGCAGGAAACCCGACAGGAGACGAUGACAAAAUCUACUUCUUCUUUAACGAGGUGGCCAAAGAGUAUGACUUCUACACCAAAGUCAAAGUACCCAGGGUGGCCCGGGUCUGCAAGUCUGAUGUGGGAGGGAUGAAGACUCUGCAGCGACGUUGGACCACCUUUCUCAAGGCUCAGCUGGUGUGCGAGGACAAGCCCAGCGGCCAGCGCUAUAACGUCCUAACUGAUGUUUUCACCAUGCAACAUAUUCCAGGCGACCCCAGCAGCACACACUUCUAUGGACUGUUCACCUCCCAGUGGGAGCAAGUAGACCUGUCGGCCGUGUGUGUUUUCAGCCUGUCUGACAUCAGCAAAGUGUUGGAUGGUCCAUUUAAAGAGCUGAAGAAAAGCUGCGACAACUGGAUCAAUCAUGAGCCGAUCCCCUCACCGCGGCCUGGCCAGUGUUUAAACAGUGCAUUAAAGGCGGAAGGCUUUGAGUCCUCCCUAAAACUUCCUGACAAGGUGCUGACAUUUGUGAGAGACCACCCUCUGAUGGAGAACAGUGUAACUGCAGCAUCCCUGCUGGUUCGAAAGGGAAUCAGUUACACCAAACUGGCUGUAAAUCUGAAGGACGGCAGCGAGGAGCGGAGGGCAGCAGUGCUGUAUCUAGGAACAGACCGUGGGGAGCUCCACCAGGUGGCAGUAGUGGGCCAGAAUGUCACCUUACUGCAGGAGACUCCUCUGUUCACAUCACAGGAACCUGUUAACAAUAUAUUACUGCACAAGGGCCACGCUCUGGUGGGCAGCCCUCUGUCCCUGGCUCGUGUCCAAGCUGAAGGCUGCGCUCUGUAUCGCAGCUGUGAGGUGUGCGCCAGAGCCAGAGGACUGGGCUGUGUGUGGAGCACAAAGGAGGAAGCCUGCAAGCAAACAACAGAAGAGCCCAGUCCCGGUGAUGUGGUAGACGCUGCCUUAAAAAAGUGUAAUGUAGCAGAAGGUCGCUGCAAUCCGUCGCCCCAAGCGCUGCAAGUGUUCCGGGGCCUGCGCCUCUUGUUGUCGUGCGUCCAGCUGUCCCCUCGGCCCUGUAGCUGGGAGUAUCCUCCCCACAGACACACCAGGCAGCACAACUCUGACCUGGAGGUGGUUGUCACUGACGACAAUCUGGGAAACUAUGUCUGCACGUGCCAGGAGGGGGGGCCGGCAGUCAGAGACCCCACCCCUUGCCGCAGAGCAGCCUAUUACCUGACACUAGAAGCUCCCAGUGUCGAAAAAGUAUCAACAUCCGAAGGUCGUCAUAUCCUGGCCUUGUACAUAUUUGCCAUCUUAAUAGUUUUAAGUUUUUUCGCCGUCCUUAUCUUCUUUGUGAAACGGCGGUGUGGGAUUGCCCGCAACCUGCCAGAUAAUUCGUUGUCAUCGGGAAAGGGGCGGGACUUGCUGGGUUCCUCGGCCACUCCUCAAUCUCCCAGCAGCUCCAGCCUUUUCUCGGAUGGAUUCCGGAUGGCGGAAAAACGAAACGGGACGGCGACUUCGACCACAACAACCACGCUCCUUAGCAACCAUGGAAACGGUGGGCACAGUUACAGCGACACUCUGAUAAGCAGCAACUCCAGCAACGGCCAUGGGAAUUCUCUGUACGCCAACUGCAACACGAGCGGCAGCGGGAGGAGGCUUGGCCCUGAAUUUCUAUCACCAGAUAUGCUGGACAGAAGGACGGGGGAGCGGGAGAGAGUGAGGUCUGAGGGGGGAGAGAGAGAGUCAGGGGAGGGAGAAGAGGUGGAGGAGGGUCUGAGGGAUGGGUUGGGGGAAGGAAUGAAAAGACUAGAAGAGGAGAUCUCCAGCUUCACCAUGUUUAAAUCACCAGCACCGCUGGCUAGGUGUGAAGAAAGUUCGAUAUGAAAAUGUUCGAUACCAUUUUGCAUCCUCCAAAAAACCUGAAAACUACUGGAAUCAGUGCAAAGUGGCUACUGCCAAAUGCCUUUGAAUACGAGCUGUGACGUGAGAGAGACUUCAGAGAUUUAUGAGAAAUAUAACUUUAUGUCCAAGCAUGUGAGAGAGACCUGUUAUGCACAGAGAGAGCUGCAGGACAGAAAUCAUAUGACAGUGUUGGUAUAGACUUCUUAUAAUGAGUAACUCAGGAUGAGAGCUGUUGCCGAUGUACAUAUAAAUGUAAAUAUGAGCAGUGUGAACAGGUGAUAAUGGACUUGAAACUGAGCGAUUACAUAAUUCUAAUAUUACAAAGAAUCAAAGAUGAAACGUCUACAUCUGUAGACAUGGAAAAGCCAUAUUGUCUUUCUCCUUAACCCCUGUUGUUGUUUGCUCUCAUUUGCUUCUCCUGGAAAGGAAAAGUGCACUUCUCUCUCACCGCCUGUCUCUCUUUCUCUUGCUGUCUGUGCUUCUCUUUCUCACACACACCACUUGAAUCUCAAAACUCGAUGGGUUCAAAGGCACCAAAGGACUGCUGAGCCAUAGACUGCCCGGUCAGACCUGGGCCUCAAACAGAGAAACGUCACUGACAGAGAUUUAGAACCAUAAAUUCACUGAGGAGCCUUCACAUGGACUGCAGUGACUGUGACGGGGCUGUCCCUCUCUGCUCUGCCGAAGAUGUGCAGAGGCUGAUAGGUUCAAGGUCCGUCAGACUUGUGUCACUGUGGAAAAGUGUAGUUGCAGCGAAGACGCGAGAAACUGAAUGCUGCUUUCUGUCACUGCUCAGAUUCACCAUCACUGAGACAGAAGUCGUUCAAAGGAUAUGAAAUUCAUUUCAGUCUCUAGGAAUGGACCUUAUAGACUCAAAGACACCAUCACCUCAUGUUGUGAGUGUGGAUUUUAACAUAAAGUGUAUUGUUUUGUCACGUUGUUUUGUAAUAAAACAUUAAAAAAGUUAUUAUCCUGUUGCCGUACUGUCUGCUAAAAGCAUGGAUGUGGGGACAUGUAACAAAUAGUGACGUGUCCUUCUUUUAAAUGCACAAAGCAGCUUCUGUGCCUCAUGUCUGUGUAACUGUCUUCACCGUAGUGUGUAUGUGGUCCUGUUUGUGUCUAUGACUGAGUGUGGGUACCUUGGUACAUGAAAUACAUGGAUUAUAUUACACUGUUGCAAAUGCAUCCUUUCAUUUUUCAGUUCUUUAACUAUACAGUGAUGAGCUGUAAAGUUCAUCAAUUUCCCACAUGUCUGCUGUAGAGCUUUGACUUCCAAUAAUUCAUCAUUCAUACAAUAAUGUUGUUUUUUUUUUUGCUCACAUGCUAAGGUAAUGGGUUGCAUUUAUUUAUAUAGCGCUUUUCAAGGCACCUAAAGCGCUGUAUAAUUUCACUAUUCAUUCACUCUCACAUUCACACACUGGUGGAGGCAAGCUUCAGUCAGUCUGCCCUGAGACUGAAUGUGUCCUUGGGUGAAGUGUCUUGCUCAAGGACCCCUGAGCCACGGUCGCCCCAAGGUUUCAAAAUGCUGUACAAACAGUACAGAAAUAGAGUUCAGAAAUCCAAAGAAUCCAAAACACAUGAGAACAAGAUCAUAGACAACAAGAGACAACUCGACAAAGUGCAAUGGGCGACUGAGACAAUAUAUUACAUAAAAAGGUGACUAUAGAGACACAGUUGAAAAACUUAAUAAUAAAGAACCUAAGAAUCAUCCUGAUGAUCUUUAAUAAUAAAGAACUGACAGGACCAAAAAACACAAAACACUGGGUCAGCAAUCCAGGACCAUGACAGCAUUGUCAAGCUAAAAGUACUGCCCAACUGACUGAUUUGAUUCAGCACCAACAUAUAGUUGUUACUUGACAUGAAGCCUAUCUGCUCAGGAAAGAGAGCCUGGGCUGUGCAUACUCUGCUGAUGACCUGACUACUGAGAGUGAAGUGUCUGGAAGGAGUCACUACAGGGAACUAGUGAAAGUGUAAAUAAAGACGCAGCACUCUACUCCUCAUUCUCCCUGACAAUAUUAGCCUUACUUUCCUUCACGUAAUUCUUAAUGUUUUCCAUAAAUGUGUCAAUUCAAGGAAAACCAUCAGGUAAAAUUUUCGCAGAUUUCUUCAGUCACGCCCUGGUGGAUCAGCAGGCAGCUGAUCAGUAGUGUUUUUGUUCCUCUCUCUCUCCCCCUCUCUCCCCUCGGUGGAACUCGUUGCAGGUUCACGUCCUCGGCCCACGCACCUGUGAAGAGGAAACACCUGUGCCUCAUUAUCGCUGUCAACGUUUAAACCAGAGGAUGGCAGCUACUCAUCGCUGGAUCGUCGUGUGACUCAAAAUAUAGUUGAUAGCUCUUGCUGGUUCUGUGCCUUUGUGCUAAUGUGUAUCCUCUACACAGAUUUCCUGGAUCUGUCACUGUGUUUCCUGAGGAGAUUCUUAUUGUGAGUGAUUGGAGAUUGGCUGGCAGCGAGCAGUGUGUGACCAAAGAGGAGAGAGUGUUUUUUCCUGUCUUCCCCUCUCUGGAUUUGCCAGAGCCCUUGCCCCUGUCACCGCUGCUGUUUGAC